CCAAGGGGCUGCUUUGCAUCUGAAACUGUCAGCCCCAGAAUGUUGAUAGUCACUCUCCUAGCCCUUCUCUGUGCCUCAGCCUCUGCCGAUGCUGCCAUUCAGGCCAGGUCUUCCUCCUAUAGUGGAGAGUAUGGAGGUGGUGGUGGAAAGCGAUUCUCUCAUUCUGGCAACCAGCUGGACGGCCCCAUCACUGCCCUCCGGGUCCGAGUCAACAAAUACUACAUCGUAGGUCUCCAGGUGCGCUAUGGCACGGUGUGGAGUGACUAUGUGGGUGGCCGCAACGGAGACCUGGAGGAGAUCUUUCUGCACCCUGGGGAAUCAGUGAUCCAGGUUUCUGGGAAGUACAAGUCGUACCUGAAGAAGCUGGUAUUUGUGACAGACAAGGGCCGCUAUCUGCCUUUUGGGAAAGACAGUGGCACAAGUUUCAAUGCCGUCCCCUUGCACCCCAACACCGUGCUCCGCUUCAUCAGUGGCCGGUCUGGUUCCGUCAUCGAUGCCAUUGGCCUGCACUGGGAUGUGUACCCCAGUAGCUGCAGCAAAUGCUGAGCCUCCUCUCCUUGGCAGGGGCACUGUGAUGAGGAGUAAGAACUCAACUCCCUUAUCACUAACCCCCAUCCAAAUGGCUCAAUAAAAAAAUAUGGUUAAGGCUAGUGUGUGUGGGGGCAUCUGUGGCUGGGAUAUCUGCCUCUUGACUCAGCCAGGGACGUGCAAAUCUCACUUCUGGCUGGCUUUGGACAUCUGUCUGGAAGAGUGGGAAGAUGAGGGAGAGGUGCGUAAGAAUCAUGGGCUUUGUGCUAUAAUUUAUCAAGAGGAGAUGAGAUUCUGGCUUGCAUCAAUGCUCUUCAAGGACAGCUCCUUAGAACAUUGAUCCAAACUGGAGUCAUGGGUCUGAGGGGAAGGCCUAGUUGUGGCUUAUACCAAAACCCCAGAUGUCCCACUCUCCAGCUCUCCUCACCCCUGGUCCUCCCCUUGAGAAAGUGCUGAACUCACUUGCUGUGUGUGGGUGGCCAGGACCAUUAGCCUUUGUUCUUUCCUGGAACCUACCUAACUCCUGAAACUUAGCUGAAGUCUGUGCCCGAGGACCCUGCCCUGUUACCAGGCCCAGUUCCUCCUCACCUCUACCCAUGAGCCCGGGUGUCUUGCUAAGCCCUCUCAGAUCUGGGAUUCCUCCUUCCUCAGGAAGCCACCACCUUCUCAGCAGUGGAAACCCUGCCCACACUACGCUCUUAGGCUUUAGCCAUCAGAAGGUUACAGUGGACUGGGGGAGGCUGACACUAGGCUGAACUCAUUAAGGAAUGAAUGGGAGGUGAGAAAACACAGGCAGCAAGAAUCGAGUGUUUCAAGAAGUUUGGCUCUAGUUUGCCAGAAAUAGGCAAGUCAGUUAUCGGGGGUGUAAGGAACAAGGGUUUUGUGUCUUUUUAAAAUCCUAGACAGGAGAGUCACGAGCAUGUUCACAUGAUAAAGAGGAAGAAAGAGAAAGAGGCUGGAGAUUCUGAAAGAUCACUGAUGAGGUCUCAAAAGAGAUGGAAGAGGAUGGUUUAUGCAGUUGGGGAAAGAAAUUUUAAGAAGGGAAGAAAAUUAAAACGAGUGAAGGUAUAUGUUAGUUUUGUGAAAGUUAUCAGUAUAUGGCUGGGCACAGUGGCUCACACCUGUAAUCCCAGCACUUUGGGAGGCCAAGGCAGGCGGAUCAUUUGAGGUCAGGAGUUGGAGACCAGCCUCCAACAUGAUAAAACCCUGUCUCUACUAAAAAUACAAAAAUUAGCCAGGUGUGGUGGCAGGCACCUGUAAUCCCAGCUACUUGGGAGGCUGAGGCAUGAGAAUCACUUGAAUGCUGGAGGAGAGGUUACAAUGAGUUGAGAUAGCGCGACUGCACUCCAGCCUGGAUGACAGAGUGAGACUCUAUCUAAAAAAAAAAAAAAAGGAAU